AUGGCUGUCGCUGUGGCUCGACGUGGGGGUGUGCGGUGCGUGACGACGUGUGCGGAGCGCGAUGUAGCGAAGGGACAUGACGCGCUUUUACGGCUGAGUGCGCGAUGGGAGUCCAACUUUUUUCUGUACCUACUUGCUUCUCCUCUGCGCCGCUGCGUUGUGACGCAUGCUGUGAUGCCGAGCGCGCUUAUGAUCCAGUUUAAAACCGCGACGAUCUCGUUGGUACACGGCGAGGAGCAGACGCUCGUGCCGGAAAAUGUGCUGCAUCCGCGGUACGCACAGAAAAAGCUGGGGCGCGGCAUAUGGAUCUGCAACGACCAGCAGGUGUUUGCACGCCUAGUAGACCGACAAUCGCACCGCCCUACCGCACCGGAAGCGCGCAUUUCCCCGCAUCUCCGCUCCCUGCUCACGCACCAGUUCCAGGAACGGGUGCAGCAAGAGGCAGCGCAGCUGUGCGCGCGUGUAAAGAGCGGUGUGUUGCCGAGUGUGCAAGAGCGUUCCAGUGUGCUCUUUCACGGCAUUGAUACGCAGCAAGCGCCAUGGUCGGCGCUCGCAACCGAAAGCACGGUGUGCCGUAUACCCACGGACAAAGCGCUCGCUGCCUACUCUCUAGUUCAUCUGCUACCCGAUUUGAGUAUCCGUGCUAAGGUGCUAUCGACCAUGGCCGCGCUCCACCGCGCGGCGCCGCACGUGUGUAGUGCUACGUCGUCCACACUCUGCCUUGCGGCGCACCGGCACACGGUCGACUUGGCGCUUGCGUGCUGGCGCGCAGCAGCAUGGCUCGACUCUGUAUAG